AAAAACUCUGUCGGUUUUAAUAAUGUCGGCAUAUACAGCUGGGCACAAUAGACAGCCAACGUUUGAGGAAGUCACGACGCCGAUACCAACUUCUCCAGUCCGUCUGAUGACCCCAGAUACCCUCCAUCCUAAUGAUAGCGUCAGUAACGUACAUACAAACUACAGCACACCACCACCGGUCGACCCCUUCAGGUCAGUUAGUCCUAGCGCCUACUCACAAAGUACGCACACGCCUCACCCAUACUUUGCGGUACCAAUAAAUGAGAGCAGAACUCCACCACCUGCUCUGCCGGAAUACACGCGUGACCCUAGUCCUUACGCGCCUGGAACGCGUGCUGCACCUUUUGAUUACGAAGACAACGAUCCUUACAAGCACCCAGCAGAGGCUGGUCCAACGAGCUAUUUCUUCAAUAACCCAACGAAUAGGUUGUCGGGAGAUUGGUUGAGUCAUAGCAAACAUCGUAAAACACUUGGUUUGCUCGGGGUUUUACCUUGGUUUCACUAUCGACGAUCAAUUGAACAACAGAUUGAAGAUAGGCGACGUGGUAUACAUAGGCAAAAAUGGCCAAUUCUGUCAAUAAUUAUCGGUAUAGCAAUCAUUAUCAUCACUGCUUUCCAGAUUGCAAACAAUAAGAAUGAAACAGGCAGUGUUUUUGCUAGCGGUAGCGCAAACCCUAUGGGUGGUCCUACAGCAGCCAAUUUAAUUCAUCAAGGUGCCAGAUUUAGACCUUGUAUGACUGAAACAAAUCUCAGCGUUCAAUUACCUUCUUUCAGAGACCCAGACAAUCCAACUUCAGAGACUAUGCCUCUUUAUGAACUUUGUGGAUUUGGCAUGUCUUCAACAGAGGAGCCAUCACAAUCAUUUAGAUUCGUAUUACCAAUUUUUUUGCAUUCCGGUAUUCUUCACUUAUGUAUAAAUCUCUUCGCUUUACUCGUUUUAGGCGCUUAUGCAGAGAGGGUUCUCGGCAGUUUAGCUUUUAUUAUCGUAUUCGGUGCAGCUGGUAUCUUCGGUAACAUUUUAGGUGGAAAUUUUGCCCAAGUAACAACACCAUCAGUUGGUGCAUCUGGUGCAAUAUUAGGUUUAAUAGCCGUUAGCUUAGUUGAUCUACUAUUCCAUUGGAAAUUGGAAAGAAGACCAGGAUUACUGCUCACUAUACACAUUAUAGAACUUAUCGUAAUGUUCUUCAUAGGAUAUAUACCAAACUUGGACAAUUUCGCUCACAUUGGUGGAUGGUUACAAGGUUUACUUCUCUCAGUCUUUUUCAUACCUGUUAUAAGUCCAACAAAGAAGCAUCGUAUCGUAACAAUUAUACUCAGAUUAGCAGCAUUAGCGGGAAGCAUAGUGUUGUUUAUAGUACUAGCAAAGAACUUUUAUACCGAUGACCCAAGCGAUGGAUGCACUUGGUGUAAACAUCUAUCUUGUUUCACAAAUUGUGAUAGUUCUACUGUAUAACCAAACAAUUUUUAUAGACUUUUUAUUGUUCUCAGAUUGCCGCAAAAGUGGCCAUUUGGCGUGACAGUUGAUCCAUGAGAAAAUUUGAGAAAAACCGAUGCGAUUUUAAAAUAAGCAUAACAUAGC